CACCGAGCGCAGCUCGCGCGUUCUUCAAUCGGUCAAUUUCGCUUGCGAGCAGCGUGACCUCACUGGGCAGGACUACAGCCUCUCGUUUCGCCGCUUCUCGAUUCAGUUUUCGGUGUACUUCCUGGUCUGCUCCUUCCCUUGCGGUUUCUUUCUUCGUCUCUGUGAUUAUCACGCCCCGCAAUGUCAUCCUUAUGUCGUCAGUUCUAUCAUGUGGACUGCGAAGCUGGUGUAAACAAGCAGAUCAACUUGGAACUUCACGCGAGUUACGUAUACUUAGCGAUGGCCUACCACUUCGAUAGAGAUGACGUAUCCCUCCCAGGUUUCUAUAAGUACUUCCUUAAGCAGUCCAACGAAGAACGAGAACAUGCAAAGAAGCUUAUGAAGUAUCAGAAUCUUCGGGGCGGUCGCAUCGUUUUACAAAACAUUGCCCCACCGGAACCCAACGGCUGGGCAUCUGGACUAGAAGCAAUGGAAACUGCUUUGGAGUUGGAGAAGACUGUUAACAAGAGUCUACUGGAGCUACAUACUAUCGCCUCUAAUCAUAACGACGCGCAGUUCACUGAUUUCCUCGAAGGACAUAUCUCUGGCAUGCAUAAAUAUACUUCGAGCCGCGCCUCUCGCCGCUUGGAUGAUUCUGAUCAGUUUUUGAAGGAACAAGUCGAAUCGAUGAAGGAGAUUUCGGACCACGUCACCAACCUCCGCCGUGUUGGAAGCGGACUGGGUGAAUACCUGUUUGACAAGGAAACUCUUCAGGACGAAGAUGAUUGAUCAGUAUUUUUAUCAUCAACCGAUCAUUGACCUUGCAUAACAUUUUCAACUUGUAUUUGGUAGCAUUCUUGCAGAUCACCAAUAUCCACGACAUUCUUUUUCCAUUUUUUUAUCUGACUUAUCCGGGGGAGUGCCUUGCUACACGUAUCUUCCGGAUUCACCUUUUCGUGUUAUUUGGGCGACGAUUCGAAUUGUAGUGUAAGUUUGGGCUCUUUCUAUCCACUAAUAGAACACUCUCCUCCAUUGAUAGAGAAGUUCUAUUUCCUGAAUCUGUCCACCUGGUGUAACAACUGAGAUGUGACCUCGGCGUUUCAUUAAAUGCGGUGUUUUUAGCCAACUUUUUAG